AUGCCUUGGCUCGGCCGGUUUUCCAGCUUUCCAGUCCGAGGCGAGGGAAAAAAGCGGGCAGCAGCCUGGCCAAUCGGUACUAAAAUAGGGACAUAUUUCGCGGCAGAAUGCGGGUUUGUCUGCAGCACAAUUCGUACGAGUGUCCGGAAACUCGACGAAAUGCCCAACAGGCCAUUUAACACCAAGCCCUUUCUCCUCACUUCAACUGAAGACCUCUUCCUCUCGACGUCCGGUGGUGGAGGGGACUCUUAA